GUCCUUCAUUGAGGGUGUAGACAUGGCGGCCUCCAUGGCAGAAAGUUGUAGGGCGUCCCUGUACCUGGCCCGGAGCGUCCGAAUGGCCAGGCCACGGCUUGCUGCCUUCGCAUCUGAUGCCUGCCGUGUCUGCACGGGCCCAAGCCGAUUUCAGAGCACCGGGCCUUCAGAGCCCGGUGGGUUCAAGCCACCGCCGAAACCUGUCAUCGUGGACCGGCGCCGAGUCCCGGAAGACGAGAGAAGGUUCCUGAGUCCUGAAUUCAUCCCUCCCAGGGGGAGAACAAACCCUCUGAAAUUUAAGAUAGAAAGAAAAGAUAUGCUAGACAGGAGAAAGGUGCUUCCGAUUCCAGAGUUCUAUGUUGGAAGCAUACUUCGAGUCACCACAGCCGACCCCUAUGCCAGUGGAAAAACCAGCCAGUUCCUGGGGAUUUGCAUCAAGCGAUCAGGGAAUGGGCUCGGGGCUACUUUCACCCUCAGGAACACGAUUGAAGGACAAGGUGUGGAGAUUUGCUUUGAACUGUAUAAUCCUCGAAUCCAGGAGAUCCAGGUGGUGAAGUUGGAGAAGCGGCUGGAUGACAACCUGCUGUACUUACGGGACGCCCUUCCCGAGUACAGCACCUUUGACGUGAACAUGAAGCCGGUCCCACAGGAGGCCUGCCAGGAAGUGCCUGUUAACAAGCUGAAAGUUAAAAUGAAGCCAAAGCCGUGGUCCAAACGCUGGGAACGUCCAAACUUCAACAUUAAGGGAAUCAGAUUUGACCUUGCUUUAACUGAAGAGCAAAUGAAGGAAGCCCAGAAGUGGAACAAGCCAUGGAUUGAGUUUGAUAUGAUGAGAGAAUAUGACACUUCAAAAAUUGAAGCUGCAUUGUGGGAAGAAAUAGAAGCAUCGAAGAAGUCUUGAUCCUGGGACUAGUGAAUGGCUCAACAGGUAAACAUGCCUGUUGGCUCAGGCCUGAUGCCCUGAACUUGACUCUGGAACCCAGGGCGGAAGGCGAGUAACAACUCCUAAAAGUUGCCCUUUGGCUUCUACUGCACAUCCUUGCGUAUGUGUACUGCAAUUACACACACACUUAAAAGUAUCUUUCUGCCGGGUGUGGUGGCGCAUGCCUUUAAUCCCAGCACUCGGGAGGCAGAGGCAGGCGGAUUUCUGAGUUCGAGGCCAGCCUGGUCUACAAAGUGAGGUCCAGGACAGCCAGGGCUAUACAGAGAAACCCUGUCUUGACAAACCAAAAAAAAAAAAAAAAAAAAAAAAAAAAGUAUCUUUCUUUUAAGCCCUUGUUCUGAGAAUGCCUUUGGUUAAUGUAUUAGCUCUUUGGUUUGAAAGCCAUUAAGUUUGCUUUGUAAGGACAUAGUGAUUAAAUGAGCAUUCCUCACUUUUCGGUACCUAGCAUAAAGUCUGCAUGUCAGUUUAUUGCUCUCAAAAGAGCAAUCACCUGACAGUCAUUCCCUUUCUAUAGCCAGUGAAGUUAGCAUCACCAGAAUAAGAUGAACUGGGAUCUGAGCAAGAGGAGUAGGGAAAAAACCAUAAACACACAACAGUGUGCAAGUUAAAAUGUAAGAAUAGGAGCUGUAGAGGUGGCUCAGUAGUUCAGAGCACUUGCUACUCUUGCAGAGGCCCUACGUUUAGUUCCUAGCACCCAGGCCUGUAUGUGUGUACAUGGUUCCAGAGACCAGGAAGUAUCAGACUGCCUGGAACUGGAGUUACAGCUGCUUAUGACACAGGUGGUAGUUUGAAUAUGCUUGGCCCAUAUGGAGUGGUACUGUUAGGAAGUGUGGCCGUGUUGGAUGAAGUAUGUCACGGUGGGGGUGGGCUUUGCGGUCUCAUGUUCAAGUGUGGUCAGCGUCAGACUCUCCUAGCUGUAGUUGGAUCAAGAUGCAGAACUCUCAGCCGUGUGUCUGCCUGGACACUUCCAUGAUGUUAAUGGACUGAAGCUCUGAUACUGUUAAGCCAGCCCUAAUUCAAUGUUGUCCCUUAUGAGAGUUGCCUUAGUCGUGGUGUCUCGUCACAGCAAUGAAACCCCAGCUAACACAACCCACCUGAUAAUCUCUCCAUUGUUAAAUGUCUAGUUUUGACAGGCUCAUUAGCUGGUAGAAAAGGGUCCUGUUUUGCUACAUGGCAGUUUUAAGAAGAAUGUGGGAAUCUGAGUUGUUGUAUUCUGGCUUCAUUUCCCCCAAGUUUACAAAAGCCACUUGUGAGGAAUUCCAUGGGUAGAAUUCCAAGUGAAGUCUGCUAAGCAGACCUCAGGGUACCUGGCAGAGCCUGUGUGAACUGGGUGUGAAUGUCCAGCAGGAAGAUGGUCAGAGAGUGUUAUCUUCCCUAUGAAUCAAGCUUCAGCUUUUGGGGGUCAGCACUCCCUCUAGUGGGGCAGAGUGCAGCUGAACAUGGGCUGGGAAGCUGGGAUGCCUCACAGAGUAAAGGCUAACCCAUUUGUAACAUCACAGUGCCAGCCUGGAUCUCAGGACUAUUUUUCUGGUGAGCUGCUCUGCAUUCCGUGUCAUUUUCCUGGCUGCUAACUCCUUAAUUAUUCUAGUUUCCAGAGAUGUGCAUGUGUGUGGACCGCCAUGGGCAUACAUAUACCUCAUGAUCAGGCUCAGGAGUCCUUUCAGUCACGUUGGCCACGUUUUACUCUUGAGAGAGACUGUACUAUCUGGCCUGUACUCUCUCUCUUCUCUGAGGUCUCCAUGCUACAGAGUCUACUUGAAUAGUUUUAGUGCUGCAUUGAGAAACCCAGCGUCGUCCGGGUUUCUGCUCCUUGGGCAUGACUGGACAGCAGAGAACGUGUGCUGUGCUUGGUGCACGGGCAGGUACAUUUAUCUACCUAGUUUAGGGCUGUGGGUAAGCCUCUCAGUGCUGACUCGAGUUCUGGGAGACUUGGCUCUUGCUGCUGAGUUUCUCUCCUCUGCUUCUGUCUUCCUGGAACCAUUAUUUGGAGUUUAGAUGCUGAGUACCUCUUUUCUAUUUAAGUGCAUGCUUGUGUGACUGCAUCAGACCCCCGGGAGCUGGAGUUACAGGUGGUUGUGAGCCACCUGGUGUGGGUGCUGGGAAGGGAAUGCCACUGAGUCUGUCCAGUCUCUGAGACACACACAGGUCUCCCGAUAGACCUGUCUGUGUGGGUGGGUAGAAAGGGCCCUAGGCUGUUCUCCUGUAUGCUUCAUUUUCCUGAACCUGUUUCAGUGUUGACAAUAAAUUCAUGAGUCAGUUGAAGGAGAAUAAGACUUUACCUAAAAUUAGUUUUCUAACUCACGAACACGGUGUCUCUGCAGUUAGGCCUUUUAAGUUCCCCUCUCCAGGUGUGGUAAUCCAAAGGCUUGGGAGGCAGAGGCAGGAGGGUUCCAAGAUCAGUGUCACGUACACUUCAGAAUGAGACCCAGUCUCCACAAAAGAAACCAUCAGAGAUGGACAGUGAAAGUUUGUUGUUUCUGGUUCUUAAGUUUUUGUCGUGGUCUCAUGAAGCCCCAGCUGGCCCGCAGCUCACUGGGUCUGUGAGACGAAUCACCAGGUGAGUGUGUGCACCUGUUGUGUCAGCGCCUUCAUUUCACAGGACCAGGAGGAACGAGUAAGAACUCUAAAAGGGCAGUAGAGUUAGCAUCACAAUAUGUUUUAAAGACGCUUGGAAGCUCACAUGCCAGGCGUAAUGGAAUUUAAAGGCGAUAGCUUACUACUCUGCAUCCCAUGAAGAAGAGAGAUGAUGACCGAGAGCACAGCCAUCCACACGUCCAUCUCGAAGAAGCCAAGGCCAGAGAACAGUUUCCAAAAGUGCCCUUUAACAGCAAAAAUAAAGUCUCUGCCAUUUAUAUACAAAACUUUCUGCACACAUAUACACAUGCUUUUGUAACGAGCAAAUGUCUAAAGUGACAACACGGAAAAAUAAAUACAGGAUCAUCAUUGAGUUGCUUAACAAAUAUACUUAAGAACAUUAAUACAGUCAUUUUGAGAAAAGUUCAUAAUUUCUUAAUCACCUUGCCUCAGACUACCUUAAUUAGAGAAAUACUUUACAUUUCUGUAUUUAAAAGAGCAAUGGCCUUUUUAGUCCUACCAUGAGUUACACAAAACAUAGCAAAAAAGCCUCACUUAAGGACUUACAGAUGACUCAGACCACAGCUUCAUUCUUCACAGGGAGGGUGAAGAUCUCUUCUGAGGACCUGGGUUUGGUUCCAAGCACAUUAGAUGGCCCACAACCUCCUGGAUUCCAGUUCCAGGGGACCUGAUGCCCUCUGGCCCCUACAUGGAGGUAGUGCUAAACCCACCCAGGUACAUACAUGACCACACAUAUAAAAAUAAAUCUUUUUUCAAAGUUUUUUUUUUUUUAACAAAUUGACAAUGAAUCAAAAUCUGGAGAUCACUGGCACUCUCUUGCACUGAUUUCACACAGUAAGUCAGUACAGAUUUUGAAAGGACAGUUUGUAUAAAAAUGUGUUAGCUAUUUAAUAAGUAAUUCCUUACACUUCAGAAUGAGACCGAGUCCCCACCAAAGAAUAAGAUAAAAGAAACCAUCCAGAGAUAGAGCUUCCUCAUUAGCUGAUCUGCAAACAUUGGAGUUUGCUGAAGAUGGUUUUGAUUCAGGCAUGCUUCUGUGUGUCAGAUUGCUUCAUUUCCUUCCGGAUUGAGAGAGUAAAAGAGCAGCACACUGAGCUCGGCUGCUGCUGUGCAUUACUUCCCUCAGCUACGAAGCAUCAGGAGGCCUGGCCACACCCCAAGUGGGCACCCAGCAAAGGCGGCAUCGGCUGUGACACGGUCAUCUUGACUCUGGGCACUCCCACACGGCGCACUCAAACACCUGUACUCUGGGCUGGGAGGGGCUCCAGGGGACGCUCUUCUCUGAGGGAUUCGGCUUGAGUCAGAGCUUUUACCUUCACCAGGAUAAGAAUUAUUUCACUGACUUCAUUCCUGAAAAACAACCAAAAAGCACUUACUCUCCCCUUAGCAGCCAAGCGAGAGGCGCAGGAGUGGUAAAGCCUUUAGCAGGCAGUGGGCCCUAAAUUUGAUCCUUAGCAAAAAAAAAAAAAAAAAAAAAA